UUCAGACUAACUACCACAGGUCAAAACACCAUGUCUGUCAAAGGUUGUCUGAGUUGGAAUAGUCCCAAGUACUAUUUGAGAAAGUUUGUCAUUCCCUGUUUUUUACAGCUGCUUCACAACUGUGAACAUCUGUGAAGUCUCAUCAGCACUUCUAUACUCUAAAAGUAGAAGCCCACUUUUAAGCAGUCUUUUAUUUAUUCUACUGAAAUGUUAUGUGUUGCUUUUUGUAAGUUAUAUGUAUGUAUGUUUAUGUUAUGUCUGAGGACUACGGGUGGAAAUGAGCUUGUAGCUAAAUCCGGCAUAUUUACACAAGGUCAUACAUUUGUAACAAGCGUUCAUUAAUUUAAAUAAAUAAAAUAAAUAAACACAAAGCAUGUCAGAAAGGUAGGCUAAUUUCCAGCAGCGCUCCCCAGUGGUUACAUGUUGCAGUGAUCGCAGAAUAUCAUUACCAAAUUUCCGAGGAGCCGUGAAGGCAGCGUUUUCCCCGCAUUAACCUGCUCAGUUUCAGUCCUCGCUGCCUCCGUCUCUGUCGCGCAGGUGAGAGCGUUUCGACUCGUUUGUGUCACAUACAGAAAACUCCAGAUGGGAAACUGAAAGGCCCGCCACUGGAACAUUUCCUCGGACGAGAGCGGACUGUCGGGGGACAAAAACCGGCCGAGCUAACGGCUGGUGACAUGUUAGCCCCAGCACCACGACAGGUGCACCGCGGAGAUUUGAGACGUUAGCCUCUUUGAUAAACCGCCUCCACAGCCUGGAGAUUUGGGGGUUUCAGCUCUGAACGAAGCCAGCCUGCAUUUUAAAUAAAGUCUGAGCGGCGCCAUGGCUUCGGCCCAGUCCGAGCGCUCCAGCGUCCUGCAGGAGGAGCUCACCUGCCCGGUGUGCUUGGACCUGUACCGCGACCCCCACCUGCUCCCCUGCGGCCACAACUUCUGUAAGACGUGCCUGGAUCGGCUGAAGCGGCAAGCGGACCGAGGCCGCUUCCGCUGCCCCGAGUGCCGCGACAGCCACCGCUGCGGCACCAACUUCCAGAAGAACUUCAAACUGGCCAACAUCGCUGACGAUUACCGGCACAGGCGCAGAGCCACCUCCGCAGCGGCCACCGCUUUAAAGUCCAGGGAACUGCUGCCGUCUUCUCUGUCGCCGCACCAGGCCAGGAGCAUGUUCGCAGUCCCGUGCGACUACUGCCCUCCGGCCGCGGCCGAUGCGCCGGGCGUCAGCGCCGCCGGGGGUGAGUCCUCGGCUGCUUCCGACUCUCAGGAGCGAGGUGACAAGCAGGAAGCCCCCGCCGCUGCGCCGAUGUUCGCCGUCAAGACGUGCCUGAAGUGUGAGGUGUCGAUGUGCCAGGAGCACGUGAAGCCGCAUCUGGAGCUGCCGGCGUUCCGCGAGCAUCCCCUCACCGAGCCCAUGAACGACUUCUGGAAGAGGAAGUGCCCCGACCAUGACGAGAUAUUCAGAUACUACUGCAUCGACGACAAGAUGUGUGUGUGCAACGCCUGCACCAUAGAGGGGGGACACUCGGGACACACAAUCAAGACCCUGAAGAACACGAUGAAGGAUCUCAAGGUCACGCUGGAUAAGCAGCUGUACAGGGUAGAGAGGAAGUACAGCAUGGCAGAGAAAAAACUCCAGGAGCAGAGGGAAAAGGAGAGACAGAAUAAGAAGUUCAUGGAUGACUCUGAGCAGUGCUUGACCAGACUGGGAGAGGACAUGAAGGCCAAAGUGCUGCGCUUCGUCAUGAGAUUGCGAGAAUGUGCACGUGCUCACUACGACACCAACGGGUUGGCCAUUCAGAAGAACACCUCCAAGAUCUGUCAGGACAAGGCCCGUCUCCAGGAGGUCCGCCUCGGCAUUGAACGCCUCAUGGAGGAAAACGACCCUUUCCGCUUCAUCGAGGCUUACAAGACAACAGGAAAACAGUGUCGUAGGCAGCUGAGGAAAAACAUGUUCUACCCCGAGUACGUCGACAUGGAGACGGAGGUUCUGGGAGUGAUGAUGGAAGAGGAAAUGAGAAAAUUCCUUGACGAGGAGCUAGCGUGCCACAUUGUUGCUACCAUUAAUUCCCUGUGUCAUAUUUCUGAUCUUGAGGAGGAGGAGGAGCAGGAAGACAAUGAGGAGGAGGCCGGCGAGGAGGAGGAGGACGACGACGACGAUGACGACCUGGAUGACAGCAGUGAGGAGGAGAUAAGGACUGAGGGGGAGGAGGAGGAGGAGGAGGAAGACGACGAGGAUGAGGAUGAAGACUUAAAUGAUCGGGACACUCUUUACAGUCCCAGGGAUGAGGACGAUGAGGACGAGGAGGAGGAGGACGAAGAUGAGGAGGACGUGGAAGAGGAGGAGGAGGAGGACGAGGAGGAGAGAGGGGUUUGACCGAGGACUUGAUUCGUACACAUAUAGUUUUACACACAAUAAAGCACUUUGAACUGGAUCCUUACCUGUGGACGCCUGUUUUAGCGUUGCACACAUCGUCUCCUCCAGUGUCUCAUGUACAGAUAAGGACUGAGCCGCUGACACCUCCUGCCUCAAACCCACCAUGAUAUUCAGAGACACACCGGUUACUGACGUUUGAUUCAACUGGACCGAACUGCAACAAGAAUUUUACAACGUGAAUCUCAUGCUAAACCUGUGUUGCAUAUUGCUAAAUGUAAUUAAGGUGCUUUAUUUUCAAAGACAUUUGCUGUAUACAGAACAUACUCAUGUGAAAGUGAAUGUAUAAGACAGAACAUUACUGGAAGGAUUCAAACUUAAUUUGGCAGUGUCUGUUUUUUCUUUUCUUUUUUUUUUUUUACCACUUUGCUAAAAACUUUUACAAACUGAGAAAUUUAACCUGAGUUUUUGAUACAACAAAAGGUGCAGAGAAAGAAUGGCCGCAGACAGACCAUUUCUGAGUGACCUCCCUUGAAUUUAGAUGAGAUAGGAAUUUGAAAUCCCCUACAUUUUCCCUUUUCACACAGAAAGCCUUUUGUGCAGAGUUCUCGAUUUUGUCGGGAUAGUUGACUUGGGAGACCCAGCAAAUACACCAGGCCAUUAACGGUCUACUUGAAAUCCUGUGGGUAGGGUUGUGAUUGUUUCAUGCUAAAGUUAAACAUUGCGAGCCAAAGAGAAAGGAUGUGUGCAUGGUUAAUUUAAAAAAAAAAACAAAAAAAACAGCAACUUGCUUGGCAUGAUAUUAGAAAAAGAAAAGCAAUUUGUUAACAUAACCCCACAUAAUGGCUUUGCUUUCCAUAGCUGUGCUUUAAAAGCAGCUAAUGCAUUGUUUUAAAAAAAAAAAUCCUAUGCACAUGUCAUUGGUCUUAAAAUAUCGUUUUCAGGUGAUGUGGAGUUUUGCACUUUACUACAAAAAAAAGAAGAAGAAGAAGAAGAAGAGAAGAAGCUGUGUCAGCCCAGAAAUAUUUGAAUGUUGAAAGAUAAUUUUUAUUUUGAUACAGGUGAUUCUGCAAGGGGCCAAACCGAAGUAAAUAAUAAUAAAGCUUGUUGAAUGCA